AUGUCGUACGACCAGUCGGCUUUCCAGAUGGACUACGUGGGCGUGGACGCCGGUGCCGGCGUCAGCGCGUCCCGGCGGCGGUUCAUGCCUUCGGAGUCGCUGGCCCGCGGCGUCAUCACGCACGGCUCGGCGCAGCUGCGCACGAUCGGGCGGUCGAUCCGGGCCGGCGCCACCAUGGCGGCCGUGUUCCAGGAGGACCUCAAGAACACCUCCCGGCGCAUCUUCGACCCGCAGGACGUGGUGCUGGUGCGCCUCAACCGCGCCUUCCUCAUCUCCUGCAUCGUGGCCAUCGCCGUGGACCCCAUGUUCUUCUACCUGCCCAUGGUGACCGACGAGGGCAACCUGUGCGUGGGCAUCGACCGCUGGCUCGCCGUGUCCACCACCGUGGUGCGCAGCGUGGUGGACCUCUUCUUCCUGGGCCGCAUCGCGCUGCAGUUCCGCACCGCCUACAUCAAGCCGUCCUCCCGGGUGUUCGGGCGGGGCGAGCUGGUGAUCGACACCGCGCUCAUCGCGCGGCGCUACAUGCGCCGCUUCUUCGCCGCCGACCUCGCGUCCGUGCUCCCGCUGCCGCAGGUGGUGAUCUGGAAGUUCCUGCACCGGUCCAAGGGCACCGCCGUGCUGGACACCAAGAACAGCCUGCUCUUCAUCGUCUUCAUCCAGUACGUCCCGCGCGUGGUGCGCAUCUACCCCAUCUCCUCGGAGCUGAAGCGCACCAGCGGCGUCUUCGCCGAGACGGCCUACGCCGGCGCCGCCUACUACCUGCUGUGGUACAUGCUGGCCAGCCACAUCGUGGGCGCCUUCUGGUACCUGCUGUCCAUCGAGCGCGUGAGCGACUGCUGGAGGAACGCGUGCGACGAGUUCCCCGGGUGCAACCAGAUCUACAUGUACUGCGGCAACGACCGGCAGCUGGGGUUCCUGGAGUGGCGCACCAUCACCCGGCAGGUGAUCAACGAGACGUGCGAGCCCAAGCGGGACGGCAGCAUCCCCUUCAACUACGGCAUCUACUCGCCGGCCGUCACGUCGGACGUGCUCAAGACCAAGGACACCACCUCCAAGCUGCUCUUCUGCCUCUGGUGGGGGCUGGCCAACCUGAGCACCCUCGGGCAGGGGCUCAAGACCAGCAUCUACACCGGGGAGGCGCUCUUCUCCAUCGCGCUCGCCAUCUUCGGCCUCAUCCUCAUGGCCAUGCUCAUCGGCAACAUCCAGACGUACCUGCAGUCCCUCACCGUGCGCCUGGAGGAGAUGCGCGUGAAGCAGCGCGACUCGGAGCAGUGGAUGCACCACCGCCUGCUGCCGCCGGAGCUGCGCGAGCGCGUCCGCCGCUACGACCAGUACAAGUGGCUCAACACCCACGGCGUGGACGAGGAGGCGCUGGUGCAGAACCUGCCCAAGGACCUCCGCCGCGACAUCAAGCGCCACCUCUGCCUGGGCCUCGUCCGCCGGGUGCCGCUCUUCGCCAACAUGGACGAGCGCCUCCUGGACGCCAUCUGCGAGCGCCUCAAGCCCAGCCUGUGCACGGAGGGCACCUACAUCACCCGGGAGGGCGACCCCGUGGACCAGAUGGUGUUCAUCAUCCGCGGCAGCCUGGAGAGCAUCACCACCGACGGUGGGCGCACAGGGUUCUACAACCGCAGCCUUCUCGAGGAGGGGGACUUCUGCGGGGAGGAGCUGCUCACGUGGGCGCUCGACCCCAAGGGCGGCGCCUGCCUGCCGUCGUCCACGCGCACCGUCAUGGCGCUCUCGGAGGUGGAGGCCUUCGCGCUGCACGCCGAGGAGCUCAAGUUCGUGGCCGGGCAGUUCCGCCGCAUGCACAGCAAGGCGGUGCAGCACACGUUCCGGUUCUACUCCCAGCAGUGGCGCACAUGGGCGGCCACCUACAUCCAGGCGGCGUGGCGGCGGCACCUCAAGCGCAGAGCGGCCGAGCUGCGGCGCAGGGAGGACGAGGAGAUGGAGGAGGACGAAGGCAGGUCCAACAGGAUCAGGACCACCAUACUGGUGUCGCGGUUCGCGGCCAACGCUAUGCGCGGCGUGCACCGGCAGCGCUCCAGGCGGGCCGUGGCCGUGCCCGAGCUCCUCAUGCCCAUGCCCAAGCCGCGGGAGCCCGACUUUCGCGACGACUACUAA